AGACAGCAUGAUGCGAACUACAAGGACUUAGUCCAAGUCAUCUCAAAUAAUGAAUUUAACAUUUUGCUUUUGGAAAAAGCACAAGAUAUGAUCCAAGAAAGUGGUAUGUGUAGUGGGUAUAUAUAGGAUGGUGGUGGUAGUGGUAUUUCAAUUCAAAACCUAUUUUGCUUGAAAGUAUAAAUUAGAGUUGAGCAAAAACUUUGUCAGUCUUAUAGUUAUAGAAAAUCAGAAAAAGAAAAAGUCAUGGAGUUGCUAAGAUGUUAUUGGCGGUGGCCGGUGGUGUUAGUUUUGGUUCAUUUUGGUAUGAAUGGGUGCUUUGGUUGCUGGGAGCAAGAGAGAAUUGCUCUCUUGCAAUUCAAAGCUUCCAUCAACCACGCUAGUGAACUUUAUGAAUUUUCUCUUUGGGACUCAGGCAAUAAAGUGAGUGAUUGCUGUGAGUGGGAAAGAGUUAAGUGCAACAUUACUACUAGGCGUGUAAUCCAACUUACUCUUGAUAUGACAUUGGGCUCUUGGAGUAGCGACGUUAGGGGACAUUGGUACUUUAAUGCCUCUAUGUUUCUUCCCUUUGAAGAGCUCCAAUACCUCGAUUUGAGUUAUAAUUCCAUUCCUGGAUGGAUCCCAAAUGAAGGUUUUGAAAGAUUCUCUGCGUUGAGCAAGCUGGAGGUGCUUCACUUGGAUUAUAAUAAUUUCAAUAACAGCAUUCUGCAAUCCUUUAGUGGUACUAUUGCUUCGCUCAAGGAACUAGAUCUGAGUUUCAACAAAUGGAAUGGAUCAAUCCACAUCCAAGUUAUGACUUCUCUUAAUAAAUUGGGAAUGCGCAGCUGUGAAUUGAAGGGAACCUUACCUACCCAGGACUGGUGUGACCUUAAGAAUCUCCAAGAGAUAGACCUUAGUGAAAAUAAAUUGGAAGGGAUACUGCCUUCGUGUAUGGUGAACUUCACAUCACUCAACAUAUUGGAUCUCUCUUAUAAUCACUUCAAUGGGAACAUUGUCCAGUCUCCACUAUCAAGUUUGUCAUCACUUGAGUACCUAUCUUUCUCAAAUAACAGCUUCUUCAUCCCAUCCACAUUCUCCUUCCUUUUCAACCUCUCCAAUCUUAAGAUCCUAUUAAGUGAUAACAAUAUAUUAGCUUUGGAACCUGACUCUCUUACUUUGAUUCCAACCUUCCAAUUAAAGGUUCUCAGUUUGUCAAAUUGCUCAAUCAACAUUCACAAUAGGACACCUCCCAGAUUUCUUCAUUAUCAAUAUGAUUUGCGAGUAAUUAAUCUCUCUCACAACAAGUUGGUUGGGCAAUUCCCUUAUUGGUUGAUAGAGAACAAUACAAGAUUGGAGAUUUUUAUUGUAAAUAAUAACUCUUUCAUGGGGCCUUUUAUGGUGCCAUAUGAUAUUCGUCCCAACAUGUUGAACAUAGAUAUUUCUGAUAAUUACUUACAUGGUCCAAUUCCCACAAACCUCGGUUUAAUUUUUCCAAAUUUAGAAUCUUUAAGAAUGUCAUGAAAUGAAUUUCAAGGCAAUAUUCCUUCUUCUUUUGGGAAUUUGGUUUUCUUACGGAGUCUAGACUUGUCUGAGAAUCAUUUCUCAGGAACCAUGCCAAUGCAUUUCAUAAUGGGUUGCUACAAUUUAGAAUAUCUCAUAUUAUCAAACAAUAGCUUCAGUGGCCAAAUAUUUCCUACCAAUUCUAGUUGGACUAAGCUAGAAACUUUACUUUUGGACAACAAUCACUUCUCAGGCACGCUUCCAACAUGGAUAGGGAACGUGACAUCUUUAGUAAAUAUUGUUAUGGCCAAAAAUCAUUUUGAAGGUCCUAUUCCAAUUGAGUUAUGCAAACUCGUUGACCUUACAAUUCUUGACAUUUCCGACAACAAUCUUUUUGGCUCUAUUCCAUCUUGCUUCAAUUUCUCAAGUAUCCUUUUUUUUCAAUUAAAUAAAAAUUGCUUGAGUGGUCCAAUUCCAAGUUCUUUCCAAAACAACUCCUAUUUACGUGUACUGAAUCUUCGAGAUAACCAUCUA